UAAAAAUAAAAUAAAAUUAAGCCGCAAAUAUAAAUACCACCCCCUCUGUAAAUUCUUCGAUCACCGGAGCCCGCCCAAGCCUCGGCGAUUUGAAAUUGAGCAAAAAGUUAGCUGGCAAAUAACUCCGAAACCUAACUUUUGACCAUUUUUAAAGCGCCAUCCUUCACUCGCCGCUUAUUCCUCCAUUUUGGGUUUUGCUGUGAAUCCUGAUUUGAGCAGAGCAGAGAAAUUCGAUUCCUCUCAUCACCGCCCGUAAUCCCAACCGCGAAUUUCCAUCGCCGGGAAGCGCCUCGCCAUCGCCGGAGGUGCGGCCUCAGUCCGAUAGCCACAUCAAAUCCCGUCCGAUCAGCCCCUAUUCGCCAAGAAACCCAACGGAGAUUUGUCUGUUCACGUCGGGAAUCCCUCCAGCGCCGACAGUUCCCCCACGCGCCGAUUCCUUCACCGCCGGUUUUCGUCCGCAGUGGCCGCCCCUUCACGUCAGCGGCGCCGUCGUCAUUUCAAGCCGACGACCAUCGCAUAUUUCCUUCCAGCGAGCAGUAGCGACCUCCUUGUUCAGUAUCGGUGGGAGAUUUCGAGCAGCGGGUCUUGUCGUUCUUCACCAUCGCCGACCCGGGCCGAGGAGCAACAAGUUCCGGCGUUUUUUCCUCAGCCGUUAGAUCACAGCAGAUUCUGUUCCCUUCAGUCCUGCCGGAGAAGAGAACUCCACAACCGUGCGCCUGGUUCAGCGACCGAAUAGCAGCGGCACCCCCGUCGGCCUUCAUUUAGCGGCCCAAACAGCAGCGGCAGCCCUUUGGGGUCACGUGCUCCGUUUGAGGCUUUUGUCGAGCGGUCGGGGUCCUCGAACAUUAGCAUGGAGCAGUAGUAGUCCCGUUUCCCGUGGAGUGAACAUCAAAUCGGCCGUUUCAGCCCAAAGUCGAGCGACCCUCCCGCCGGAAGUUCACACGAGCAGGCCCAACCUUUGAACAUCGAGUAGCAGCAGGCCCGUUCGCACAAGCAAAGCCGAGUCCAGUCCCCAGCCGUGCGUGUGUAAUAGCAGCUUGUCCGAGGCCUUUGAACCGAACCCUCCUUCAUCUGUUUCUCGUUCAAUUCCCGAGGAGGCUAUGGCGAAUGUAGAACCUGCAAACAUGGAAAUUAGCCCGUAUCAAGGUGAGAGCGGGCCCAGAAAACCCCGCAUUCUUCUUGCCGCCAGUGGAAGUGUAGCGGCCAUAAAAUUCUCUAACCUCUGCCAUAGUUUUUCCGAGUGGGCCGAAGUUAAAGCAGUUGCUACUAAAGCAUCACUACAUUUUGUGGACAGGGUUUCACUUCCCAAGGAUGUCAUUCUUUACACGGACGAGGAUGAAUGGUCGACUUGGAAGAAAAUAGGCGACACUGUGCUUCACAUUGAGCUGAGGAAAUGGGCCGAUAUAAUGGUCAUUGCACCUUUAUCAGCUAACACACUUGCUAAGAUUGCUGGGGGCUUAUGUGAUAACUUGCUUACGUGCAUUGUUCGGGCAUGGGACUACAGUAAGCCGAUGUUUGUGGCUCCAGCCAUGAACACCUUCAUGUGGAACAAUCCUUUCACCGAACGACACCUAAUGGCCAUUGAUGAUCUUGGAAUUUCUCUUAUUCCACCAGUGAGAAAGAGGCUUGCUUGUGGGGAUUAUGGAAAUGGGGCAAUGGCCGAGCCUUCACUGAUAUAUUCAACCUCCACUGGACCUUAUCGUACCUCCAAAGGCCCAAGAAAUGGGACUGCUAUAAAUUCAAAAGGUCCUUCAAACAAGAGCCGAGUAGCCGAAGGAAAAUUUCAAGAAAUUUGCACGGACCAUAACCCUAAUUCGAAGAUGAUUAUUCCCGUUCGCUGCUUCACUUGUGGCAAGGUGAUUGGAAACAAAUGGGACACGUAUCUUGAUUUACUUCAGGCCGACUACAGUGAAGGGGAUGCCCUUGAUGCUUUGGGUUUGGUUCGUUAUUGCUGCCGAAGAAUGCUGAUGACCCACGUCGAUCUCAUCGAGAAGCUUCUGAACUAUAACAAAUUCAUAUUCGAAACAAGGGCAAAGAGUAAUAUCUCAGUAAAGAAUGAUCAUUGGAGAAAUCUGAGGGCAGUUGAUGCUACUUGGAAAAGGUCCAAGUUACACUUAGUGCGCCUCGGUUAUGAGAUCAGUAGUGUCGUGUUGUCUGUGAAUUGUUUUAAGGAACUAUGA